GAACAACUCGAGCCUGCUCCGUCCCGGCAACGUGGCCUGGCCACGAGUUCGCGGGCCUUGAACCUUGAACCUUCUGGUAAUCAUUAUCUCAAAAGCCUUUUUCUCAUAGUCCGUAUUAAGUUGCAGGUCUUCGUAAUAAGAAUAACGCACAAAAAGCUCUCUCUAUCUUUUUGAAGCAGGUGAGAAACAUUGAUGUGCCUGCGCGUCUAGAGCUGGAGUUUGUUUUUAUACCCUCAGCUUAUUUAGUGAUUUGGUCGGCAAGCUUUUCGUUUUUUUCUAUUUCAACGCCCUGCGUAGGAGGUGACAGCGUUUACAUUUUUUUAGACUGUCCACACACUUUGUUCACUGAUUUACUCUAUUCAUGACUGAUUCAGAUCAUUAUCAUCCGUUAGUCUUUCCCGAAAUAAUCAAGUAUAUUGCUGCACAGGAGAAGCGGAAGCAAUCUCAACUAUAUAGAAACUCGUCGCCAAACUCAAGUCGUCGAGUAUUACUCUUUCCCACUGCUUCAUUAAGCAUGGACAUGUCGUUCGGGUUUGUUGAAUGCCAUCUAUCAUAGAAAUUCGCGACCUCUGACAAUUAUCAUAAUGUUGGCCGUGGACAUGACUUGAGAGCUAAGGAAGAAAUACAAUUACCCGAAUAGUAGUAUGCGCGUAAAAAAGUCGACGAAGCUCCACGACUGCCCCAACCGUCGCCAAUUUACACACUGAGUCAGGAAAAUUUAUCAUCGUUGAUUACUCAAGAUCACGAUUGCAAUACGCAGACUUGUGCACCUUUAUGCUGGAGUGGUAUUUUGAUUAGGUGAGAAGGAUGCAGAGGCACACUAGGACAAACAUGCCUAAGUAAUGACUUUCGCAGAUCGCACAAUAUGGCGAGGAGUUUUUUCGUCUCAAUUACAUGCGCACGCGUGGUUUCUAAAAAAACGAACGCGAAGAC